UCCGUGCAGAGUUAGGAAAGUGAGUUCCAUUCUAGCAAGCCACAAAAGCGGUAUUGCGUCUGUGAAUAACUCUGCUUGCUUUAAGUGGACUUUAGGGAGGGAGUAGGGCUCUUGGGAAUCUGUGAGUGCCUCUGCUCUGCUCAGGAUGGGCGGUUUGCUAGAAGCUUGAGGGAAGCAUGGGAAACAAUCUAAAGGAAACUAAGCCAUGCCCUCCAGCACAUUCCACAAUCUCCCGAAGAACUAAUGCCUCGAGCAACCUUUAUUGAUUAUCAGCUGGGGACACACACAUAUCGUGCAUUGAUUUAUUCAGUUCCGUAACAACCCAACCUGAAGCAUCUAGGAAUCUGGCAAGGAAAUUCUGCAAACAGCAUUGGACUUUCGUGCCUAACUGAAGACCCACGGCAAGAAGGCCACAGCCCUCCUUUUGAUGCCUCCUGUACUAGUCUCAAGUCCUCUCCUACAGAGACUCAAAACAGGCAACUUUCGUCCAAAGGUAGUCCGGUUCAGGUUGCGUAAACCUGUCUCCCGGGAUGUUGGAAGAAGCACGCUCUCCACUCGCUUGGCAGGCACGGGCGGCCUUCCGGGCUGUCCUCGGGGACCUUGCCCGCCCCGCGUGGCAAUUGUGCAAGCAUAGCUUGCGGGCUGCUGCAAGGCCGGCUGCAGCCUGCAGGAGGGCAGGGAGGUGCGCUCUCAGAGCACCCGCUGAACCCUGGGCUCGAUGCCCGUUUCUGGAUUAUCUCCGGGGUGGAGUUCACUGUGUGCAGAGUGUGGGUCACCCAGGCCUAGGCGCCCUCACUCACCUUGCUGACUCCAUCCUCUUCUCACUCCCGCCCCUCCACGUUCCUCCCAGCUUUGCCAGCAGGUCCCCCUCCGCCCAACUCAGGGUGCUCAUUGGCCAUCCUAGCAUGCCCUGUCUCCAUAAAUACGAGGUCCCUGUGCCUGGGAGCUUGAGGAGGCACACCGAGGUACAUCAGACCCGGCGACAUCGCUUCUACCCUCCUUCACACCCUGCGACUUCAGAAUUCAGAUUUGCAGAACCACAGAGGACUCUCCUCAGAGCUACCGCAGCCCGGCCAGCCGCUCUUCUCCAGACGCUGUGGCUGGCUCAGGGCAGGCAUCUGCACCUUAAGCGGCUGAACCUUACAGCAUCCCUGAGUAUCUUCCUCUCCGAAGUCCCUCCAGCUCUGUACCUCUCCACCACAGCCACGGGUUCUGUUGGCCUGUCUUUCUCAAACCGACAAGACUUCAGGACCCAACAGCACCUCCAAAACACUUCACCCCUUUCAGUCCCUGCCCCUCCUCGCGUCCCACGUGUCUCCUGCUGCUAUGAGCUGCCCUGUUGACAAAAGGCGUUCCCUGAUGGCCUUCCUGAGCCGGCUGCGAGACCUCGGGCAGCCCCCUAGAUCCGUGACAUCCAAAGUGUGCGCUUCCAGCGCGCCAAAAGAAGUGCCCCUCUGCCCUCUGGUAGAAGGUGGCGAGAGUCGGGGCACCACCUCCCUACCUGGACCAACCAACUGGCCACUGGUAGGCAGUCUGCUGGAGAUUCUUUGGAAAGGUGGUCUGAAGAAACAACAUGACACUCUGGCAGAGUACCAUAAGAAGUACGGCCAGAUUUUCCGGAUGAAGCUGGGCUCCUUCGACUCGGUGCACCUGGGCUCGCCGAGCCUGCUGGAAGCUCUAUACCGUACGGAGAGCGCGCAUCCUCAGAGACUGGAGAUCAAACCCUGGAAAGCCUAUCGGGACCACCGCAACGAGGGCUACGGGCUGCUGAUCCUGGAAGGAAAAGAGUGGCAGAGGAUCCGCAGCGCCUUCCAAAAGAAACUAAUGAAGCCGGCGGAGAUCAUGAAGCUGGACAGUAAAAUCAAUGAGGUCUUGGCUGAUUUUAUGGGGAGAAUGGAUGAGCUGUGUGAUGACGGAGGCCGCAUCAAAGACUUGUACAGCGAACUGAACAAAUGGUCGUUUGAAAGCAUCUGCCUUGUGUUAUAUGAGAAGAGAUUUGGACUCCUUCAAAAGGAAGCUGCAGAAGAAGCUCUGACCUUCAUUACAGCCAUCAAGACGAUGAUGAGCACGUUUGGAAAGAUGAUGGUGACCCCCGUGGAGCUGCACAAGAGCCUCAACACCAAAGUGUGGCAGGCGCACACUCUGGCCUGGGACACCAUUUUCAAAUCAGUGAAGCCUUGCAUCGACAACCGCUUGGAGAAAUAUUCCCAGCAGCCUGGCGCAGAUUUCCUUUGCGAUAUUUACCAUGACAGCCAUCUCUCCAAAAAAGAACUAUAUGCUGCGGUCACUGAGCUCCAGCUUGCUGCAGUGGAGACGACAGCCAACAGCCUGAUGUGGGUUCUCUACAACCUAUGCCGGAAUCCCCAAGUGCAGCAGAGACUUCUCCUGGAAAUCCAGAGCGUGCUACCCGGGAACCAGAUGCCACGGGCAGAAGACGUGAAGAAUAUGCCCUAUUUAAAGGCCUGUCUGAAAGAAUCCAUGAGGCUUACCCCAAGUGUGCCGUUUACAACUCGGACUCUGGACAAACCAACGGUUCUGGGUGAAUACUCUUUACCCAAAGGAACGGUGCUAAUGCUAAAUACCCAGGUGCUGGGUUCCAGUGAAGACAAUUUUGAAGAUGCCAAUCUGUUCAAACCUGAACGCUGGCUACAAAAGGAGAAGAAGAUCAAUCCCUUUGCCCAUCUCCCGUUUGGCCUUGGGAAGAGGAUGUGCAUUGGGCGCCGACUGGCUGAGCUGCAGCUCCACUUGGCUCUUUGCUGGAUCGUCCGAAAAUAUAAGAUCGUGGCUGCAGACAAUGAACCUGUCCAGAUGCUGCAUCUCGGCAUCCUGGUACCCAACCGGGAACCACCCAUUGCCUUCUGUCGACGGUAGGAUGCUGAGAUUUUUCUCCUCACCAAGAUCAAGACCAGCAAUCUUUCCCCUUCCGCAAGAACGGUGCUUAUGGCUUCGGUGUUCCUAGAUGGCAAACUUCAAGGACAAGAGCACGGCACAGCCCGCAGAGGACGGCACACAUUGUCUUCUGUAGAGCUAGUCUAGAACCUAUUGUCUAGACAAUGAUGUUUACUAAGACCAUCAACUCAGGGAAGCACAUGAAGUAUGGGGCGGGGCGGGGCGGGGCGGGGCGGGGCGGGCCCCACCCCCAGACCGCACCA